ACACACACACACACACACACACACACACACAAUGCACAUCCCUUUGUUUCCUAAAUAUCCCCAAGUCAGUGCCAGUGUUUUCUUGUGAUCUGUUCUGUUUCCCAUUUUCAUGAAGUGCUUGAUUAGCUACUGUAUGUGCACUUUCCACUACUGUGACAUUCACUGAGCAUGUACACUAAUGAAGGAAUCAGCCUUAAAUCACUGUUUCUUUUCUGCAUUACAAAAGAAUAAAGAAUCAGCUAAAGUAAACUUCAAAACACUUUUCUCUGAGUUGAACAGACAGAAAAGGUAAUCACUUACAGAUUGUGUCCUAAUCAAAAAGUCUCCAACCAGGGGUUAAUGUGAUCAUACAGAUGGCCAACCAGUCUACUAGUCUUCCAAUUAUUAAACAUUUUAAACAUAAAUGUGACUAAAUGCUGAGUACUUUCAUGUAAAUAUUACAGAACAUGUAAACACAGAAUGAAGUGCAUGUCCCUAAUUGUACAGAUCCAACUUUUGUCCUGAUUAUGAAAGCCCAACUCACAAUAUCUGCAGAGAGCAAGUAGAAGAUGGUACCACAAUGAAAAACUUAUUUAUCUCCAACUAUGCUGCCACAACAAGUGCGAAAUUUUAAUAGUAAAUCUAGUCUGAAAGGUAUGGUGUUUCUUCCACACAGAAACCUGAUUUAUUACUAUUUUAAGGAGUAUGCAGCAUUAAUGAAUUUGUUGGUGAAACCAAAGUGUGAUAUACCAUAAGCAUGAGCUGACGCCAUCUAGCGGUUGUCCUAACCGAUCACCUUUUGGACUCAGAGAAAGAGAGGGAGAGGAGUGGGGUGGGGGUGGGAGAACCUUGAUUGCGAAUUACGGCGGUAGACUGUGUGACACAUGAACUAACAAGAUGGCAAAACAGCUCCCUGUUAAAUGGGCUCAAGUCCAAAUGGCCUCCAUCUGAAACUCUGAUUUGCACACAACUGGGGGAGUGCGACUAAUCCAAUCUAAUUUCUGGACACAUAAAUGGUCGGUGAUUCAUUGAAAAAUCAGGAGAGUCUGUGAAACUGUGGAGCUAUACCUCCUUGCAUUUCUAAUUUCAUUAAAGACACAGACAGUGGUAUGGCUGCGCUUCCGCAACGGCGGAGUGCGCCGACUGCUCGGGGCUUUUUCGCAAGGGAGUCGUGUACCGAGAAAACUGACGUCAGAUGAAUGUGUGAAUGACUUUACCGCGUGCUGUCAUGACACAGGCGAUUGGAGCUGCCAGCUCUCACAAAACGAGCACUGAAAUCCUCAGCAAACAAUUAACCCCGAGUGACUGCAACUGACUGACUGACUGUAUAUUUUAAACUUUAAUGAACGCUCGGCUUAUCCAAAGUCAUUGCGAAUUCAUGAUUUAGUUCUGAGGGGGGAGAGCGACGCUGCAUCCCUCUGACAGAGUCCACUUGUGCCAAGAGUCAGGGAGUCUUUGAAAGCCACCGGAGCGGACCCGACCGGCAUAUCAAUCACAGUGACUCGCUGGGUUUGUACCGCCGAUAAAAGAGAUUGUUUUAAAGGUGUGCGCGAGUGUGUGUGUCUGUGGUGUGUGCGUGCGUGUGCGUCGGUCUGUGUGUGGAGGAAACAGAGAGGGGAAAUGGCACCUUUUCUGUAUGAAGAAGGGAUUACAGCAACAGACACUGGCAAACAAAUGUAAAACCCAGUCCUCUUCGUCUUACCACGGGUGCGCACCAGAGAAGAGGCGCAGGAUCAUUGAUUCGCACCUUGUGGUUUUGCGCUGCGUAUGUGACAAGAGCAGAGAGGAAGCCGUGAACGGUGGGAUUAAGGAGUCCUUCUCCUGAACAGAAGACUCAAGUUGUUCAAUCAUGAACGCCGGGUUACUGUUUUUGCUUGUCUGUCCUGCGGCAUUUUUCGUUGGGCUGCAGUGCACCUCGCCAGUGUCCACAGAAGGGAUGGAGCUCCUCACCGCCAGCUUCAGCAGCAGCAGCGGCGGCGGCGGUGGCAACAGCGGAGAAACCGUAGGCAAAAGAGACUUGAACCAAACCAUAAAGUCCCGGCACAAGAGGAAAACCUUGGCUGUGGAUUUUGCAAUCCCGUCUCUGUUGCGCUAUUAUCUGGCAGAGUUAAUAAAAAGACCCCUGAACGGCGACUGCCAGACUUUUAGCGGAUGUUACAAGGUGAGCGCAAACUUGAAAAUGCAUUGCACACCUUUGCAGAAAACCAUAUCUACUUUUAUGGAUCCCAGGUCGGCUACGGACUCAGCACAGAGGAACAUGUCUGUUGAUGGACAGCUCCUCUUCUUUCACAAGCGGCCGCUGUCCAAAGUUCUGAAAUUGGGCUUGACGAAAGCCAGCAGAAAAUCAAAUCAAGUAGUAGUGGAAAUAGGUGAGGAUAUAGUCAGGACAGGAUGUGGGGGGCUCUCUGUGUACGAGGAGGCCACAGUGUCCACUCUGGAAAUGGACUUCACAACUAUCCUGGAGUGGUGGCUCGGCGCAGAGGGGGGGCGGCUCAGGGUUCGACUCAUGCCCGAGAAAAAGGCACAGGUCCCCGGGAUCGAGAAUCGGUACACCGCGGCCAUACGUGCUGCAGACCCCCGCCUCUUUCUCCAGAUAUCCUCCCGGGGUGAACCAUUGACUGGUAGAACUGCUGCAGGGAUUCCUAGAGGGUACUGGAGCUUCUCCUGGGUAGCUGAGGAUGACCUGAGCUUUCCCAAAGACUCUACACAUAUGUCAGAUCAUCAGUGCACUGGCGACAGCAGAACAUGUGACCAGCACCUGGAGGGUAUCCCAGAGUUCACAUGGAGCAUAGUUGCAGCUGGGGACCUUCGUGAGAAAAGGAAUGAGAAAACCAAAGAGAUGGCGGGAAGUCCUCAGGGUUGGGAGGAAGGUAAGAAUGAAGGUCAGUUCUUCUGGGUGAAUACUUCAGCUUUUGGGGGCCCAUGGGUGCUGAGUCCUUGGCUGUGGGGGGGGCAAGGUCCUUGUAGCCUGGACAUGGCAGUGUUUUUUCACCCCAAGCAAAGUGGGCAAUACACCAUAUGGCUCAUAGAGCGUGAUAAACCACCACUUGCCCUCUUCUCCACUGACACAUUGCCACGCAUCACAGGCUGGGCAGUGGUCCACCUCACCUUGGGCGCCCACAGAGGAUCAGCUUUUCGGGUCUCGGCCAGCUACGAUCAGCGGGUCCCACAGGAUGACACAGCAACCAUUGAGCCCCACUUCACCUCGAACUGCACCAUGGCAUCCUCACCUGGCCUGAACAUCACACUGGAGGGCCGGUACCACUGUUACCAGGGACCUGGGAUUCCACUGGACAGAUUGUGUGACUUCACUGUAGACUGUCCACUCGGCGAUGAUGAAGGCGAUUUAUGCCGCCACUUUCUCAAUGGCAGCUACUGCUCUUUUGAAGAGGGCGAGUGCAGCUGGCAGUCAAUAACAGGUCGUGGUCUCUCCUGGAGAAGACUCCAGUCUCCAGCCAAGGCUACCAGACAGAGCUGUCCAUCAUCAGGUGCUACAUUCACUGUAGAGGGAGGCCAGUCCAAGGGCCAGCGUGGCUCGGCAUUACUGCGGAGCCAUCUUCUCCCCCCUCCUCUGAGAAACUCCCCUUGCACGGUGCGGUUCUGGCUGUGUUCUGGAGGCUUACAGAAGGGCUCGCUGUCUCUAUGGAUAGUGAAGAACAACACAGGCCCUGAAGAGCAGCACAGACUGUGGCAUUCAGCCAGCGAACCCAAAUCUGAGAGGGGCUGGAAACUCUUCAUUAUUCCCCUUUAUGGACUGGCAGACUGGUUCUGGCUGCAGUUCAGCACAGAAGAUGGACCUGGACCAGGUUCAGCCAUUUCUCUUGACAACAUCUCAUUCAGUAUGGACUGCUUCCUGGCAUCCAAUGGCGAGUUUCCACCAAUGGUCACUGGCACAACCAGAAUGCCAUUUCAACCAGCUGUUGGGACUACGCCCCCGUCCAUUGGAAGCCCCUUGAUGAUCUUCCCCACCAUAGACUACUCCAAAAAAUGGGAUUUUCAUACCUGUGGGGCUGUGGGCCCUGAAGGCCCGACUCCCACUCGGUGCCGCUUCUCCUACAUGAACACUAACGUCAACGUGACAGUAGGCACCCGAGGGCCCUUCAAAGGCAUUCAAAUGUGGCAGGUCCCAGAAACUGGCACCUACAGGAUCACAGCCUACGGUGCAGCUGGUGGUCGUAGUGUAUUGGCCAUGAGCAGGUCACAUGGUGUCUACAUAACGCUGCUUUACAUCCUGGUGGGACAACAAGGAGAGGACGCAUGUCCCAAGUCCAAAGGCAUACCGAAUAAGAUCUGCCUGGAACAGAGCGGCCCGAUGGUGAACAAAACUCAAGUGAAGGGGGGCGCAGGGGGAGGUGGCGGUGCUUCGUAUGUGUUCAAGGUGGACAAAGGAGUGUACAUCCCCCUCAUCAUUGCUGCUGGUGGAGGUGGCCGGGGCUAUAGCAGCCAAUCACAGACCCAGCUGGAGCAGAUGGACUAUGACCCCACCCAACCAGGACGUAAUGGGAAAUCAUAUGCAGCAGGUGGCGGUGGAGGUUGGAAUGACAGUGUCCCUGUCAUUCAGGGUGGCCGACCAUUGGUGCUGGGGGGCCAGGGAGGGCAGGCCUGUCAAAAGUUCUGGCAGACCCGCGGCGGCUUUGGGGGCGGCGGAGGAGGGUGUAUGUCGGGGGGCGGCGGCGGAGGCUACAGAGGUGGCAACACCUCCAUAGAUAACAACCCCAAACAAGAUGGUGAUGAUGGCACAUCCUUCAUUGGUCCAGAGGGUGAACCCUUCCUUUAUCCUCUGAAAGGCAUGGAGGGGGAUGGUGAGGUGAUCAUCAGUCCGGUGCAGAACUGCAGCCACUGUGAGAGCGGUGAAUGCCACGAGACCAAGGACAGCGUUGUGUGCUACUGCGAUGAUGACCUCAUCCUGGGACCAGAUCGGGUGUCCUGCAUCAAUGCUACAGAGGUCUUCAAGCUGCCUCCACAGCCGUCUCUCUCCCACUUGGCGCUGGGUCUGUCUGUGGGCACCUCGGCCCUCAUUGCUGCCCUGCUGCUGGCUGUGUCUGGGGUCAUGAUAAUGUACAGGCGUAAACACACAGAGCUGCAGUCUAUUCAGCUGGAGCUGCAGAGUCCAGACUGCAAACUCAGUAAGCUGCGGGCCUCCACCAUCAUGACCGACUACAACCCCAACUACUGCUUCGGCGGCAAGACGGCAUCAGUCAAUGACCUGAAGGAAGUGCCACGGCGUAAUAUCUCCCUCACCAGGGGUCUGGGUCAUGGCGCUUUUGGUGAAGUGUAUGAAGGGCUGGCAGUGGGGAUACCAGGUGAACCAAGUCCACUGCAGGUGGCAGUCAAGACCCUUCCUGAGGUUUGCUCUGAGCAAGAUGAGUUGGAUUUCCUCAUGGAGGCUCUAAUCAUCAGCAAGUUCAGCCACCAAAACAUUGUGCGUUGUAUAGGAGUCAGUCUGCAGGCUAUGCCCAGGUUCAUUCUUUUGGAGCUGAUGGCAGGAGGAGACCUCAAGACCUUCCUGAGGGAGACCAGACCCCGACUGGAGCAUCCGUCUAGCCUGACCAUCGUGGACCUUCUCAAUGUAGCCAGAGACAUUGCCAAGGGCUGCCAGUAUCUGGAGGAGAACCAGUUUAUUCACAGGGACAUUGCAGCUCGAAAUUGCCUACUAACCUGCAAAGAACCGGGCCGCAUUGCUAAGAUCGGAGAUUUUGGGAUGGCUCGAGACAUCUACAGAGCGAGUUAUUACAGGAAGGGUGGGCGUGCCAUGCUGCCUGUGAAGUGGAUGCCACCUGAAGCCUUCAUGGAGGGCAUCUUCACAUCUAAGACAGACACGUGGUCAUUUGGGGUUCUCCUAUGGGAGAUCUUCUCACUGGGCUACAUGCCAUAUCCAAGUCGCAGUAACCAAGAAGUGUUGGAGUUUGUAACCAACGGUGGAAGGAUGGACCCACCGAAAAACUGCCCCGGCCCAGUGUACCGUAUAAUGACUCAGAGUUGGCAGCACCAGCCUGAAGACAGACCUAACUUCUCAACUAUCCUGGAGAGAAUUGACUACUGCUUACAGGAUCCUGAUGUGGUGACCAUGCCCUUGCCUAUAGAGUAUGGACCUGUCCCUGAGGAGGAGGAGCAUGUAGCCAUGCAGCCUGAUGACCCCUCAGUUCCAUCCGUGAUGGUGAAUGCCCAGAUGCCUGAUGGAGAGGCUCCACAGCCACCCCCAUCCUGUCCUACAGAAGAGAACCGGAGAGGUGGGGAGCACACCAUCACGAAUAGCACAGCAUCAGAGGCCAAAGCACAGACAUCAGCUCAGGCCCAGCCAUGUAACCACAGGAACCAGCAACCUCAUACACAGCUCUCCAUUUCCAUGACAACCACUAAUGCAGUCACCUCCACAGCCAUCUCUACAGUCACUGCCAAGGGACUGCACAUCACCACACAGCCCACCCCUGAGGGGGGCCACAUCAAUCUGGCAUUCACCCAGGGCCACCUACCAGAGAAGGACGGCCAAACUGGGAAGAACACCAGUCUCUGGAACCCCACAUAUGGCUCUUGGUUUCUGCAGCAGCAGCAGCAGAGGAAGCAGCAGCAACAGAGGCAGGGAGGGGUGGGGGGCACAGGAGGCAGCAGUGGCAGGGUGCCUGGCGAGGGACAGGAGCAUGUAGGCCGGACGGUGGCUGAGGUGGCAGGGGCAUUGGGUUUCCAGCACCAGCACAAGCAGUUCCAGCAUCAGCUCCAGCUGCUGCACCAUCAGCAGCAGCCAGGUCUCUGUAGACCUCUGUUACCCCCACCACCACCUCCUACUGCCCAGCCACCUCUGCUUUUAGAUUCAGCCACCUUGCCCCCAGUUCCCCUUUACAGACUGAGAAGAUUCCCCUGUGGGAACAUUGGCUAUGGCUACCAGGAGCAAGGCCUGCCACAGGAGUCUGCCUACGGCAACCCCAACCCCUCUCCUCCACCUCCACCCUCCCAGCAGAGCGCCUCCCUGCCUCCCUCAGCAGCUCACCAGAGAGGGGCCUCUAUUCCCACCUCGGUGACCCUGGGUCGGUCAGGUAUGUCAGAGGACAACCGCCCGAUGCUAGUCACCAUGGGGGCAUUGCAGGACCCCAGACUGCCCAGGAUGGAGGGCCACAAUGCCACCGUGCUUUAGCCAGAGCGCCUGUACUGCUGGUCUUGUUUCAGGCCCCUUCUUUGAGACUGUGUGAUUAGGCAACACAGAAGGAAACACUGUGUCAGGACAGAGACCGUUCUACAUCACCCCUACUGUCCCCCAUUUUGGUUCCUUCUUGAUGAGACAGAGCUGAUUGUGUCCAUCAGGAUUUUCCCAUGAGACCACUGGAGGUGUGUUAAAAUCCCCAAUGGAUGCUAAAGCAUAUCAAAUAACUAAUAAGCUUUGGGAAGCAAAAUGUUGAGUAAAGGUUACUUUUCAGUGUUUAAUAAAUGUAUUUUUUCAAUGCUGGAGGGAUCACGACUAAGAACACCACUAAUCAAAUGAAGAGUUUGUGGCACAGGAAGACAAGGGGACAACUUUCCCUCUGAUCGAGGACAUCAGUUGUUUGUGAGAAUGGACUGUUAGCAGGAUUCUUGUCUCUAUGUUUUGCGAGAUUUAAGACUUAAGUCACAAACACUGGUGACCAGUGAGGUUGUCUACAGCUGCCAGCCACAUGUCAGUUCUACUGCAGAGCUCUCACACUGUUCCUUCUCUACAUCCUUUUGGAAAACAGUGUGAAAAAUAACUUGUAUCAGACCAUUUUUCAAAGUAUCACCAAACUGGACACUGGAUUAACAGAGACAUUUAUACAAAAAAAAUACUGAGAAAAUCUUUAUUGAUGUUUGCUUGCCUGCUUGUUUAUUUAUUCAUUUGUUUAUUUAUUAUUUGGAGGUGGCACUAUAAAUGGUGAACAUGCUUUUUCAGAUCCAAACAUUUUACAUCACCUGGUUUUCAGUUUGUUUUUUUAAUAUGCAAGAAUUUCUUUUAGUAAUAUCUAACAAAAAGAAAUUUGAACAAUCCCCAAAUUCAAACCCUAAAUAUCCUGAGUGGUUUGUUAUAAUACUUAGUUGUGUCCUUCUAGGUGGAGCAGAUGGCUCAACACAGCAGUGAAGCAGACUUUGAAGACAAGUUGCCCUUUCUAACAUUUGAGAGUUCAGCUUUUUGUUAUUGCUGCAGAUUUGCAAGAAUUUGUUGCCCUGCUUGCACUAAAAAUCACUGCUUCUUUGACUUCCCUUUUGUUCACUCCAUUUUGCUGAACAAGUGCUUUGAGACAGUUGAGACUUUUUUUAAUUAUGGUUUUUUUCAGUAAUGUUUUAUUAAUCCAUUUCUUGUUUUAAAAAAGUGUUUCUUUCCCUUCUUUGUCUGGAUAUAGAAACAGCAGAUAUUGCUGAAUCAAUCUUAACCUUCAAAUUGCUAUCUUGAAGCACUCUACGCUUUUAAAUUUGCAUAUUUUAUCUUUUCUAUUAUAGGAUGAGUGUUGCUGAAUUUAAAUGAGACUGAGUGAAAUGUUUGAAUACAAAUUGCUCUUGCUCCACAUGUGAAUGAAACACUGGGCCAGAUGGAAACUCCUCCUGCUCAUUUUCACACACAUGGUGUUAACACUUGUCUAUGUUUUGUCUGCUUCUUUCGGUUUAGGGACAGUUGCAUACCGUGUAUCUAUCACAUAAUACCAUGAGUGUGGCGAUGUUGAUAUUUAGGAGAAUGAAUGACAAUAUGACAAUGCGUGUCACAUUUUUGAUGCUUUUGCUUGACUCUAUUUGGCAAUCCUGUCAGUAUGUCUGCUAUAAAGCAAUGAUGAGCUGUCAUGCGUGUGUCACGUUGCUUAGUGACUAAGACAAAUGCAUUCCUGGGCAAGUUAAAUAUUGGCUAAUGAAAAGUACUUUGCUUUGUCC